CGCCUGUCCCUCUCAUCCAGCAGCGCAGGCUCGAUCGUGCAGUGUUUUCUCCGCAUUAAGUACGAUGGACGUCCUCCUAGUUUGGAGAUCAUCGUCCUUUAAUUUCGACCUCCACAUUAAGUUUGAUGCACCUCUUCUUCAUCCUCCCUUCCACCGGGUUUCUCGGCUGGCAGCUGCGCGCCAUGAACUCCACUCUCUUCAUCAUCGGCGUCAUAGGGAACAUUAUCUCGGUUCUGGUCUUCGUUUCUCCCAUCCCGACAUUCUGGAGGAUCGUGAGGAGCAGGUCAACGGAAGACUUCGAGGCGGCGCCGUACGUCCUCACGUUGCUCAACACGCUGCUAUGGCUCUACUACGGCCUCACCAAGCCUGACGGCCUGCUCAUCGCCACCGUCAAUGGCUUCGGCGCUGUCAUGGAGACCAUCUAUAUCGUCCUCUUCCUCGUCUACGCCGCCGAUCAUGCCAAAAGGGUUAAAACCGCAAAGUUGGUGGCAGCUUUGGACAUCGGGUUUUUUGGGGCCGUGUUCGCGGCCACAACAUUCUUCAUUGGUGGGCUUGACAUGAAAAUCGUGGUCAUUGGAUUGAUAUGUGCUUGCCUUAGCGUGUUCAUGUACGGGUCCCCACUCGCCGCCGUGAGAAGGGUGAUCGCCUCGAGGAGCGUGGAGUACAUGCCCUUCUUCCUCUCCUUCUUCCUCUUCCUCAACGGAGGCGUCUGGGCCACGUAUGCCAUACUCGACAGAGAUGUCUUCCUCGGGGUCCCAAAUGGGAUAGGCUGCUUCUUGGGAGGCAUCCAGCUGGUUAUCUACGCGGUAUACAGGAACAGUAAGGUCGGCUGUCAGUCUCAGGGCACUCAUGAAGCAUCAUAUGAUGCUUCGACAUCUCUUCUGUCCUCCUAUGCCGGCAGACAUGGCCAAAACGAUGUAUCCACUCACGUUUAGUGAUUUCGAACGAUGUGCCGAAUAUUACUACUAUAGUGAUUGUGUAAAAUUAGUAGAGUGAAGUCCAAUUUUUACCUCUCUACUUGAUAUUUGUAAAGCUAGCUAGUUAUCCCAUUUAUCAGUUUUCAUCCGAAUACCCUAUUUAACAAAAGUUUCGCAAGUUUGUAUCCCAAUUACCGAAAGUUUUCCCUGUUUUUGUCCCAUUAAAAUUUA